UCGGGCGCGGGGGGUGGGGGGCCGCGGAGCGAUGGCCCGCGCCGGCCGCUGGGGAGGAUAAGACCCCGUCGCGCCGCGGGUGUGGGCCGGAGGGAGGAGACGGUGCCCGAGCGCCACGGGAGUAUGACGGGGCUGUACGAGCUGGUGUGGCGGGUGCUGCACGCGCUGCUCUGCCUGCACCGCACGGUCGCCUCCUGGCUCCGCGUUCGCUUCGGCACCUGGAACUGGAUCUGGCGGCGCUGCUGUCGCGCCGCCUCCGCCGCGGUCCUAGCGCCGCUCGUCUUCACGCUCCGCAAGCCCCCGGCCGGCGGCAGGAACCGGCGUCAUCACCGGCACCUUCACGGGGGACCCGGGCCGACCGCCACCCACCCCCGUCUGCGCUGGCGCGCGGACGGCCGCUCCCUGCAGAAGCUGCCGGUGCACAUGGGCCUGGUGAUCACCGAGGAGGAGCAGGAGCCCAGCUACUCGGACAUCGCGAGCCUCGUGGUGUGGUGUAUGGCCGUGGGGAUCUCCUACAUUAGCGUCUACGACCACCAAGGUAUAUUCAAGAGAAAUAAUUCCAGAUUGAUGGAUGAAAUAUUAAAACAACAACAGGAACUUUUGGGCCUAGAUUGUUCCAAAUACUCACCAGAGUUUGCAAAUAGUAAUGACAAAGACGAUCAAGUUUUAAAUUGCCCUUCAGCAGUGAAGGUGCUGUCCCCAGAAGAUGGAAAAGCGGAUAUUGUGAGAGCUGCCCAGGACUUUUGCCAGUUAGUAGCUCAGCAGCAGAGGAGACCUACAGAUUUGGAUGUAGAUCUGCUAGACGGCUUACUUAGUUCACAUGGUUUCCCUGAUCCUGAUUUAGUAUUGAAGUUUGGUCCUGUGGACAGCACCUUAGGCUUUCUUCCCUGGCAAAUCAGAUUGACCGAGAUCGUUUCUUUGCCUUCUCACCUAAACAUCAGUUAUGAGGACUUUUUCUCCGCCCUUCGUCAGUAUGCAGCUUGUGAGCAGCGCCUGGGAAAGUAGUGGUUCCUGGUUGCGAAUAUGAUUUCAGGCUUUUGGAGAAAAGGACCCAAUUGACUCUGAUGUUUACAAAGUACCUAUAAAACCUUGUACACACCUAGUUCAUAUUCCUCAUAAUUUAUCAACAAACACAAAAAAGUGUCUUACUUGAGAGUGAGUGAGUGUGUGCGUGUGUGCGUGCAUGUGUGUAUGGAGAUAAAUUUAUAAAUGGGGCACAUUGGCAAAUGAGUACAUCACCUACAGUUGAAGCACGUAGCGGCCAUGUCUUCGGAACUGAGAUUUCAGAUGGAGAGGCUUCAGCUCCUGCCACUCUUCUGUUUUUGUGGGGAGUGGCGGGGUGAGUAGAGAGAGCUGGUGUGGUCGUUUGUGGUGGGAGGGGAUCAUUUUUGUUCAGUCUUUCUUAGUGACCAAACUUUAAUUUUUAAGAAUAAUAUAUUGACUUACUAGUGGAAGUAUUCUCAUUUUGAGGGACAUUCAGAGAUUCUGGGUUGUUCCCUUGUUGAAAGUUUGCUCACCUGCAGAGCAAACAAGCCUCCUCAGUUUUCCGUCCAUUUCAUUUUUCUGUGUAGUAAGCAGUGGGACUUGAGAGUACUGGUCUGGGUUGUAAAGAUCAUUUUGGGGAAAAAAAAAACUUAACAAUAUUAAAGUACAAAAUAUAAAAAUUUAAAUAUUGAAUUGGGCAGUCAAAAACCAAAAAAGUGAACAAAUGAUCAUCGUAAAGAUGGAAAAUUUCCCAGAGGACACAUUCAAUUACCUUAGGUAAUCAGUAGAAUCCUAUAUCAUACCCAAAGCAUUAAAAAAAAAGUUUCGAUUAGCUUCUUAUUUAAAAUAAACAUUUGAGAGACAUUACCAAGGCAGCUUUUUCUCCUCAAAAGUAACCUGCUCCUCUCUCGAGUGCUCCUGGGGUUUUCUUUGCCCAGUGAAUCUCAGUGAUGACUUCGCAUAAUGAUUAGGUAGGAUGGAGGCCUGUAUUACCAAAGUCUGUGAGCAUAAUUUAGCGAUCAAGUGAUCGUCCGUGUUCUCUUGUAUUCUAGAGAACAGCACUGGUUCUGACAGAAUUAAAUUCUUGCUAGAUGUUUAAUGUUUUUCCACUGAUAAUCUUUGGAUGGAAACCAUUCUUUAUAUUUGAUGGACAGUUUUCAGAAAACUUUUAUCAGCAAGUGUACAGGAGUCAGGCAUGUUUAGAAGAGAGCAAUUUAAAUAAUAGGCCUCAGAAAUCUGAAAAAUGGCAAAGAACAUGAGUUUGGAAAGUAUGCUCUGGAAUUGCUUGUCAGACUCUGUGUCAGCUUUGCAUUGCAAACCCCAUUUAUGAUUUUUAAAAUAUACUUGAAAUAAAAUGAUUGAAAUGAAUUUUGUUCCAGUGACAUUACUUUGCACUUCAGUUUUUUUUGUACAAAAUUUUAAAGUCUUAAUUUAUUGCCAAAAUUUUGUGUGAAACUACAGUGUAUUUAAAGGUUAUUAGAGAUCCCCAUUUUUGUUCCCCUGUACUGUAAUCUGUGUUCCUCUGAUUUGUUUUCUCCACAGUGGGUGAAAGGCAGUUAAUACCUUUUGUAAACAUGAUAGGUAUAAUACAGACCUUCUGGGGUGUGCACAGCUUUAAUGAAUUCAAUUUAUUGGGCUCAAUUGAAAUAAGGGCAUUCAAGGUUUGUUAAAAUGAAGUUUGUGAAAUUACCUUUUGGAAUAGAGCCACAAAUCGUAAAGCGUUGAAUUAUUAUGCUUUUUUCCAUAGUAUAAUACAGCAAAACAAAUCUAUAGCCUAUGACCCACGUCUGUUGUGGCCUUAGGAAUAAUUGCUUAAGCAAAUUAAGGAUUUGAAUUUAAAUAUAGGCAUUCAAGAAUCUUUUCACUUGAGGUCAACUACUAAUGCAAUCUCCACAACUUGAAUAGCACCGGUCAUUCAGUUCCUGCCAAGGUCAUCAUCAUAAGUUGGACAUCGUGAGUUCCCUUUAAGCUGUUUCUCCUUGACAUGCUGCACAACUGGAAAGACACCAAGGCAAACCUACUCAGCAGAUGGCAUGGAGCGUAUAGAGAAGCUGGAGGGAUUAACUUCAUUCCAAAGUCUGAUUGUAGAUUGAAGCUGACUGGUUAGUGUUUGAAGUUUAGAAGCUGAUUAUAAUGUGAAUAGCAUUGUGUCUAAGGCCUAAGAAUGCCUGUUUUUGACAAUAAAAAUGUUCCAAUAUUAGUGAGCAGUGCCAAAUACACUGUGCAUAUCUAUAAUUUACCAUUUGAAUGUAUGUUAAUUAACUAUUCCCUUCUGUGUGAUGGUCCCGGUCCCAUGCUUAGUGCCAGUGAAGUCCUUGUGAUGUGUAUUAUGCCUGUAGAUUUUGGCAACAUGUAAAUAAUAUGUACAGCAAGUUUUUAUGAUUAAGGAAUCAAAUUUAUUGAAUUUUAUUAUUGAAAGUUGAAUCAAGAUGUAUAAACAACAAAUCAAUAAAAGAAUAUACUCUUUUCAUGAACUGUAGUAUUAUGUGAAUGCUGCAUUUAGUCUAAUAAUUAGGGAUUCCGAAGUGUAAUAAAAACCAUAUGACGAGAUAGCAAUCCUUUUAGUAAGUGUGCUCUUGAUUGGAACACAUUCUCAUUUUUACCAGGUUAAUAUUUGCAAUCUUACUACGUUUGCUUUUUAUUUACUACUAGAAUAGGUUCAGCUUUGUCUUGCUGGAAUUGUCAAGUCCCAUAGUAACUAAAAGCUGAUUUUUCACUGAACAUAGGAAUGUUAACUUAAAAAUAAGUAUGUAGCUUUUUAAGAAGUACUUUAAUUGAAAGGUAAGAACUGUGAUGCCUCACACAACUGUCUUACACAACAGUGUUUGUUCCCUUUCAAACGUAAGACCCUGAUUGUAAGACAGCUUUAUAUGUAUAGUUUUCAUCUAAGCCCAGGCCUCACCAAAGUUACAUUUUAAUUCUUGUUUAUAGGAAAUGCACUUAACAAAAGUGACUCCAGGUGACCUCAUUGUACAGUAGUGCAUCUGACUUGGAAAAUGACUGUGGGAUGGUUUGAAGGAAAACUCAGGGCAUAUGCUAGCAGUUGCCCAAGAUUCUAAUCAAUAUCUGUAAAGUGACAAAAUUUGUGGGAAAGGAUUUUGUGAAAAGAAUUUGAGGCUUAACGUUUAUUAUAAAGAACAAUACAAUUUAAGAAAAUAAAAGGAUCCGGGGAACAAAAAAAUUCAAGUUUUUUUUUUUUGAGCUCAAGUUGACUACACUUUUGGUGACAAUCCUUCCAGAACUCUUUCAUACUUUUAUUUUUAAAUGUGAUACUAUAUUGGGCUUAAUAAAAGAGAUUCUUUUAAACUAUA